AUGUCGGAUGAUGAGCCAGUCAAAAAAGUUGGGGAUUUCGUCAUCAAAAACCACAGGUAAAUUUUUUGAGACUUUUCCUUUUUUAAUCGUUUUUUAUACAGACUUAUUCGGACAGUUGAUGAUGAAGCAAAAAAGAAAUUUGAAAUUGUGAAAGGAGUUGCUGUUCAGAACUAUGGCAUUUUUUCAGAGCCCACGAAUAAAGUGCAAAAAGGUUUGGAAAGUGAAAAAUGAAGGUUUAAAAAUUCUUCUUUCAGCCGAUCAAAGCGAUGCUACCACUCAAACAAAGGAUUUAACCGAGAAAGCUGAUCCACGGAAGAAAAAAGACACGGAAAGCGCUGUUUUAAGAAAUAGAGGAUCCGGUUUUGAUCAAUGGCUGAGAAACGCAGUUAUUUCGCGAUAUUCGGCGGAUUUAUCACCAGAAGGUUGGUAGUUUUUUUUUGUUCAAAUACUUUAUUCGUGUUUAGAAUAGCUCGAGGAUUUUUUCAAUAGUAGGUUUUUAGAAAGCGGAGAAUCUAGAAGAUAAAUGGACCAGAACAAAUUUUCAUUCUUUAUUUUCAAGAAUCCUUUUUAGUACUUAAUUUUAAUUGUAUAUGUGGGGCUCAUUUUCAAUGAGAUAUCUUCGAAUUUUUAAUAAUUUCUUCCUUGUUCCUUGAUAAGUUUUCUUGAAGUUAUUACAUUUAUACCUUAAAUAAGGGAUUUUCAGCGUAUAACUCUGUCAAAUCGUCUAUUCGGGUGUUGAUUUCGAAUAUCGUGAUCCAGGCAAGAGAUGUUGCCAGUCGCUGUGGACGACGGAGGCUCAUUCCGGACGAUCUCGACACGGCUUUUGUGAUUUUAGGCCUUCCGGUUGGUUUCAUCGAUUUCUUCUCUUUUUGAUCUAUUUAUUGUGGAAAGUGGUUGGUUCAAAAUAAGCGCCAGAUAGUGAAAAAAAUGAUUGAAUUUUAGAGAGUCGGAGGUAAUUUUGAUAAUUCCCGAAAUAUCAAAAGUCAAAAAAAAAAAAAAGAGCUUUUUUAAAUUUUUAAGGAGGUUAAGGUCUUACUGGAGUAGAAAGUAAGUUUCUAAGUAAUUUUUUUAAUAAAUUAUCGAACUUUAAAAUACUUUUUUUAAAAUUUUUUUCUACCAAGAAAAAAAUGUAGUUUCAAACUGAUUUCUGGAAUUUUUUUAGUAUUUUUGAAAAAAAUUUCCUGGUUUUUUUGUAAUUCAUAUAGGCCUUAAAAAAAUCUGUAAAAGCUGUGAAUUAUACAAAAAAAACGUAUGUUUGCAUCAUAAUUUUAAUCAAAUUUUAUAUUGUUCAUAAAAAAACAAAAAGAAAACAUUUUUUUGGUUUAAAUAACUUCCCUGUUUCCAUUUUUCAAGUUUUUUUGAAAGUUUUUUACACAUUUUUUUGAUUCUUCCACCAGAAGAUCAAGAAAAUUAAAGUGAAUAUUUUUUUUUCGUCUUCAAGGGCCUCAAAAAACCAUCUUUAGUUGUGCGAGAGAAAUUCAAUUUGACCUUUUUGAUGAGAUUUUGAAAAAAAUUAUCGAUUUUUUCAUCGGAUUCUCCUUUUUUUCUGACUAAAGGACGAUUAUUCAAGGGCUAAGUUGAAAAUUACCUUUAAAAAAAGGAUCUAGAGCUCAUUUUUGAGUUCCUAAAAAGGUUUCGAAAGUUCUUUUUUCUCUCUGAGGCGUCUUAAUUUUUCCAAAAGCUCCUAUUUAGGUCCUUCUGGACUUUGCCCAUGAAGCAUCUAGAAAAAAGCUCUAUAGGCUCUUUUUUUUCUUUAUUUUUCCGAAAUGAACCUUUAUAGAAAAAAAAGGUGAAAAAAACAAUUCAAAGAAGGUUUUGACACCCUGAGAAAAUUUUUAGUGACCAUUUUAGAUGCUCGCCAAGGACUUUUCGGAGAGGAAACUAAACUGGCCACUAUUUCCUGUUUUAGUGGCCACUUUCAGUAGUUUUUCAUCCAGUAUUCCUUCCAGUAACUCUGAUAAUUUUAAAACAAACAGAUUGGAUCAGUUAUGUUGAUCCAUUGACCCCUAAAGUGGCCACUUAACAUUUUUAGGGGUCUAGUAGUAGCACUUAGACCUCUAUAGUGGCCACUAAUUUUCAACCCCUUAAGUGGCCACUAAUUUGACUACUAUAGUGGCCACUAAGACAUCAAAACCCUAUAGUGGCUACUAAAAAUUUUCCCAGUCUGUUCAAGAUCUCAAAAAGGAGCCCUGAAUUCUCUUGUUUUCCUUAUUUCGACUAAUUUCCGAGGUUUUGAGGCUUCUUGGGCCUGUCCCAGCGCUGCAUCGACGAGCAUGUCGGAGCGGAUGUACUGGGGUCGACGUCCGGUCGCGAAACCUCCGUCUAAAAUUUCCCUCGAUUCGGAAGAUCUCCUCCGGCUUUCCAACGACAAAUUCUGCGAUUCCAUCGUUAUUCGAGGUUUCAUUAGGCUGGAAUUCCGUUAGAAAUCUAGAAUUUGUGUGUUUUUGGGCUUCUGUGUGUUGAAGUUGCCUAUCAGCUACAAGUUUCAAAAUUUUUCGUGUUCUUCAUAUUUUUGAUUUUUAUAUAUUUUUUUCAGGGCCAGUUAUCAUCAAUUUCAUAAAUUUUUUUCCUCCAUUCUCAGAAUUUUUUUCAUAAUUUUUUUAAUUUUUCAUUGAAUUUCUAAAUUCUUUUUUUGAUUGAUUUUUGCCUUCUAUGAGCUUUGAAAAAAAUUGAAAAAGACUUAAAAAAAUUUUUCUUAGUUUUUGGUUCAGUUAUAGAAAUAUUUUUCUGUUGAUUUAACAGAUUUUUUUAAAAAUUUUUCCCUACUCUAUAAAAUUAUGAAGGUAAAUAUUUUUCUACACGAGUUUCCAACCAAUAUGCUCAAGAAUUGUUGUAUUUUUUUCCAAUUUUUUUCUUCAGAAUUCCUCAUUUUCAUUUAUUUUUUUCAAGUGUUCAAUAGAAAUUCUUUUCUAUUUCCAGAUCAUUGGCUCGUUAUUGAAGGCGUUCAGCCUGUGUUACCGGAAAAUGUCGUUCAGAAUGACGUCAAAGACAAUUUUUCUGCAGGUUUCUGGAAAAAUUUUUUUACACCUGAUAUAUCAAAGGAAACAAGCAAAAAUGGCAAAUUUUCAUGCAUUUUUUAAAUUUAAGCGAGAAAAAUCGUUUUUAUGUGGUACGUGUCCGCACGAUUGAACUUUAUGAAAUUUUCGAAUUUUUAAGACUUUGAAGCUUGAAAAUAUGUUAUUUAGUUCUUAUAAGCCGUAUAAAAGCUGAAUUUUAUCAUAAACCCAGGAAGGAAUAUAAUUUUUAUAGGAAUCGGAUCGAUUAUUGGGAAUAACUUCCCUUGGAAGCCGAAAUUUGGUCGAUAAAAAUAUCGAGAAACGAUUCACGAAGCAGACUGUUUCUACGGUACCCUUUCAUUCGUUUUCUAGUGAAAAAGAUAUUUUUUUCAGGAACAUCAAGUAUUUUUUUCAAUGAGAUCGUGCACGCCGUCACGUUUGGAAGUAGAAUCGAGAGAGAGGUUUUUAUUAUUUUUAUUCGAUUUUCUGGGUUUUUUUGUUUCAUUUUUUUCAAAGUCUUUUUUUAGAAUUAUGAGUAAAUCUUCUAAUUGUUUCUGUGGAAAAUGGAAGUUUUUCGUAACUGUUGAAAGUUUAACUUGAUAGAAGUUGUUUUUAAAACUUAGGUCUUCAAAGAAAAAGACACAGAAAAAGACGUUUCGAGCAAUUUUUUUCAAAAUUUUAAUAUCUUUGUAUAGAAAAAAACUAGUUUUCGUUUCGAAAAAUUUGACUAAAAUGAAAAGAAAAAAACGAGUUAGCAAUAUAAGGAAUUAUAAAAUAUCUUCAAUUCUUAUUUUUUUGAGCCUUCUUUUUGUAAUUUUUCAGGAAAAAAAUUAAAAAAAUAUUUUUUUCAUAGACAAUAUUGAAUAUUUUGAAGCUCUUGAAAGUUAAAUUUAUUGAAAUGUUUUGUAAAAAGUUCGUCGUUAGAGAAUUAUCACAUUAACUGGGAAAAAUUUUUAGUGGCCACUUUAAAGGCUCGCCAAGGACUACUGGGAGAGGACACUAAAGUGGCCAUUUAACCCACCUCUAUAGUGGCCACUUCAGUAGUUUUUCAUCCAGUAUUCCUUCCAGUAACUCUGAAAAUAGAUAUUUAAAACAAACAGAUUGGACCAGUUAUGUUGAUCCAUUGACCCCUGUAGUGGCCACUAAAAUAUGCAGUGGUCUAGUAGUAAAAAAGAAAGAAAAUUUUUCCCAGAAUGACUGAAAAAUGCUCCAAAAAUACAAUGAUUUUGAUUUUUCGUACGAAAAACAAGUUUUCUGCUUCAGAAAUGAACUAAAAUGAAGAUAAAAUAAAUAUGCGAUUCUGUUCGUUGGCGAGAUUGGUAUAAGAUUUUUUCUUUUUUCAGAAUCCCAUUGAGAAAGUUUUAAUAAAAGUUGUACUAUCUACAAAUUAAUUUAGGAAAAGUUUUGACAGUUCAGCGGAAAAAAAAAUAGGUUUAAACUUCUCGGGCAAAGUCGGAAUGGUGGAUAAUGGCCGAGAAAAGGGAGGGGCUCCAAAAAGGGCCCAAAAAGGCCGCAGAAAGGCAGCAAAGAGACUCCCUUUAUCGAGCCUUCCAUUUUUCUGGGAUUUUAAAGGUUCAAGAAAUGGUGGAAAAGGGAAAGGUCGCAAAAAUGGUGAAUGAGGGCCGAGAAAAUGGCGCAAAAAGGCAGCAAAAAGGGAGCCUUCAUCACCCUAAAAGGAACUUUUCUAUAUAGCUUUUUUCCACCCUUUCCGACAUUGCCUAUGUUAGCUUUUUUAAAUGGAAAAUAGGCUUCAAAAACGUCUUUUUUUUAAUUCACUGGAAUUUAAAUUUUAGCGAACCCUUCACACGUUGGAAACCGACAAGGGACUUCAGUAUUUGGUUGGACGUUUCGUUAUUUUGAUUUCCGAAGGUUUCUUGAACUUUCAAAAGGAUAAAUGGAUUAAUUGUUCCAAUUGAAGGAAUCCGGGUGAAUAUCGGAGCGAGAAAUAUUUCGACGAUCGUCAAUUUGAUCAAAAUGACGUGGAGCGUCUUCCGAAAUCCCCAUGUUCGGCUCGAAAGACAUGUGGGCAGUUUUGGCAUUUUUCUCUUCUGAUCAAUUUCCUAACUUUUCAAAUUUUGAUCAAAAAGGAGCCUAUUGAAAAUUUUGAAAAGAUUAUCGGAGCUUCUUAUUUUUUUUAAACGUCUGGUAAGGGAAAAAUGUUAGUUUUAUAGAGUUUUUCCAUCAGAUUUCCUUGAGAAAAAAACAAAUGAAAUGGUAUGAUUUUUUCCACAAACGAGUUGUAGAUUGAUUUUCAUAAUUAUCAUAGUUAUCUUAUCCAGAAAAAAAUCCGGGUUUUUUUCAAAAUAGGCUAUUGAAAGGAAAGGACUGAAUGCAGGAUAUUUUUUUGUCACAAAAUGAUUAAAUUAUGAAAUAUUCAUAUUUUCAUAUUUACUGUAUGUCGACCGCACUAUUGAAAUUUCAUGGCGUGCGUUUUUUUAUUUAUUAUUUCCGGGAAACUGAUUUUUUUCUCUUUUUUUCAUUAUUUUGUACGGUCAAAACUGCUGAAAUAGUCAUUUUUUUGCUUGAAUUAAUUGCGCCAAAACUAGAUCACGAAUUGAAGUUUUUUUGCGAAUAGACAGACUAUUAAUUGAAUAAAUGGUUUUGGGAUUUUUAAUUUAUAGAUUUUUUUCUUCUUUUUAGCAUUAACUUUAAAAUAUUUAUUUUUUUCACACACACACACACGGCUCUAGCUCUGGUGCUAAUCGCGUAUUUCUUUUUCUCCUCAAUUUUUUCUCUCUAAAGUUUAGACUCUAAACGUUCUCAACCUUUCCAGCUCCACAUCCUGCUCCCUUCAGUCAUUUCGUGUAUUGUCGCGAAAAGUCUUACGAUAUCGACGGCCCAGGCGCUGGACAAGAACAACAAAAAGAAACAACCCGACGACGCGGCCCAACAGAUUUCCUUCGAAUACCGAUUGAGGGAAACUUGUGCCAAGCUCUUGGCCAAAAUCUGCGAGUUAGUUGUCGAAAAUGGAUGAGAUGUUGAACUUUGAGGAGUUAGGAGAUCAGAAAAAAAAAAAUUAGUCUUAUCAGGCUUAAGCGAUUUUCAGUAUUGAAUAAGCCCUCAGAAGCUGACGGAGUGAUUAAAAAAAAACGAAAGUAACAAAAAAAAAUGAAUUUUAAAAUAAAUUCCAAAGUUUUUUGUGUGAAUAAAACUGCAUAAAGGUUUCUUUAACUUGAAUAUUUUUUUGGUUUUUUUCUUCGAAUUUUGUUAAUUUCCACGCAUUUGCGUAAAUUUUAAACGUUAUACCUGAUUGGAACUUAAAAAUUUAGUUUCAAGAUUUUUCGAAUUUUUUUCGGCUUAAAAAGGAGUUAUUUUUCUGCACUUUUAACAGUUUUUUUAAGACAGCCAAAUAUUUUUUCUGCGAAACACCCCACUAGGGAAGACAUUUUAUUCUAUGAUUGGGGUUUUUCUAAAACUUGACUGGAACUUUCCUUGAAGUAGCAAAAGAAGGUUCCGAAAGUCCCAAACUACCAAACUUUUUAGUUCUUGAAAAAAGCACACCUCAAAAACCUUAAAAUCUGUAAAAACGAGGCUUUGAGCCCUUAUUCCUUGAAAACUAGAAAGCUGUGAAGUUUGAGACUUUCAGAAUCUUCUUCUGGUUCAUCAAAAGUUUUUUUUUGCCGAAUUUCAGGAGAUUCACAACCCCUAAAUGGUCCCCUAGUAGAAAGUUUCGAUAACCAGCUAUAUUUUAAUGAUUUUUCUACGUCUUGGCAAAGUUAUCUUGUCAUUUUCUUAUUCAAAAAAUGAUUAUCGUGAUCUUCCAAUUUUUUUUUUCAGCCAAUUCGACGCCUUGCGACUUCGCCUACGUGUAAUUACAGUUCUAAAAAACGGUCUGACUUCGAAAACCGCCACGACGACUCUUUACGGGGCUAUUUACGCCAUUUUUGCGAUGGGACUUUUGGUAAAUGAAGAAAAAUAAUGGUGACAUGUUCAUAGGACACGGCGUUUUUUUGGCGACGCCUCGCUAAUAAUUUUUCCGUAAAGUGUAGUGUGUCGUGUGCAUGCACUGCAGCGCUCUCGCACAUGCCGCGUUCAAAGUAAUUUUCGCGAACUGAAAUUCAGUCAUUUUUUCAUUCUCUGGUGGCUAUUUUGAAUUUCGCGGAAUUACUUUCAACCCGGCAUGUGUUUUGAUACAAAAAAAAACAGAAAAACCGCGUUUUUUUUAAAGAAGAAAUAGGUUCGUCUCGGGACCCAUUGAUGCGCCUUUAAUAUUUCCUGUUGUUUACGCGUUUCUCUCAUGACGUCACAUGGGAACGGCGGAGAUUUUGACCAUGCCCUCUUCAUUUUUGGUUUUGCAUUUUCUUCCACUAAAAAAAAGGCCGUGAGGAAAAAAUUGGCUUCGAAACGCAACGAAAACUCUUCGAAAUUACUGUUUCGGGCAACUUUGGGGCACAAAUAAGCACUUUAUCGCGCGUUUUUGUGCUUUUUUAUCAGUUUUCAGUUGAAAAUGCCUUGAAAAAAGAGAAGAAAAGAGAAAAAUGGAUUUUUUUUAGAAUCCUGUAGCUUCUCUGAUUGAAAUAUUGAAGGCUUCAAAAAUUUUUAAAAAUCAAAAAAUCACUUUUUAGGCCGUGAAAACAAUCUUGCUGCCCCGGCUUCACGAUAUUUAUUGCAAUAUUUACGGUGCGGCGGAAGAUUUCCUGAACAAAGGAAAGCUGGACGUUUUUGAAAUGCGAGCGGUUGAGUUGGUCAUGGUGGGAAAAUGAAAAAAUUCCAAAAAAGUCGGUUUUUCUGUAGAAAAUCCUGUACGAAGUCGAGUGUUGCGAGCCGGCGGACACAGUAAGGACGGAGAAUUAUUUGACCCAGCAUUACGGAGAGUUCGGAACCAUGCUGUUCAAGUGAGUUUCUGUACUGAAAAAAAGAGAAAGAAAGAAAAAUAAUAUGCAGAAAUUUGGCCGAAAGGGUGGUCCUUCAUUGGAAACAUUUGUGUUCUUCUCAAUUAUUCAGUUUACAUUGAGAUUUCUCUAAAAAUUGGGCAGAAUACUCUCUGAUGUACCGAAAAUGUCCUUUGUUCAGCUACCUCAUCGAGAUGAAGAAGCUCACCGAAACACGAACUCUGGUCAUCGACGAGGGUCUGUGGCUUGUGAAGAACAUGAAUGCGACGCAACGGAGGCUCGCCGAAAAGCCCAAAAUGACCUAUUCUCAAUAUUCGGUGCCGCCUCCCGCCACGAGCAUGAUCUUCGGAAGGAGGGGCGGCCCCGUCAGCGAGGACAUGCUCGAGAACCUUCUCGACGACUCGCACCAUCCCUGGGCCGACGUCGUCAAAGAGAACGGUCUCACCAAUGGAAAUGCCGAGCGGAAACCCUCGGCCAGCGGCAUCUCUCAGCCCAAGCUCGUGCUCAUCAGAAAGAAGUCUCCGGUCAACCAGACCGAAUACGUCAAGCCUCUGGAACCGAUCAAGGUCCCGGGCAGGCCCGCCCGGCCGACUUUGACCCCGCAACGGAGAGAAUCUCACGCUCCGGGCUCCAUCUCCAAGGCGAGAUCAAUGAGCACGAGGGUCAGUCGCAUGGUUUCGAUGGAAGACGUGACUGCGCAGGUGAGAGCUCUUUUUUUAUCCCAUUUUGAGUUUCAACAAGUAUUUUGUAGUUUUUUGUUCCGUUUUUUAGAAUUGUCCUUUCUUAACUUCACUUUGAGCCGUGUAGAAAAUUUUUGAAUAAUGGGUUUUGAGACUCCAGAAAAAUAAAUAAAAUAAUGAUCUGGGCCAAAAAACUUCCUUCUCAUCUUUUCAGACAAAAAAGUAUUUCUGAGCUUUUUCAAAGUUAUUUCAGUUACAAAAAUUGAAAAAGUUCUUCCCUUUUUGUAAUUAUUCGAAAAAGGUGAUAUGUUUCAAAAUACAUUUUUAUUCCAUUUUUAGUCAAUUAUGAUUAAAGCAAAUAAACUAAAAAAAUCGCCUUUUGAUCGUUUUCUCGAUUUGGUACUGUUUGAAAGAAAGGUUGGAAAUUUUCUUUAUUCCCAAUUUUUUUUUGUAUUCGAAUUUGAAAAAAAGGGGGUAGAAGACAUUAUCAGAAGUUCGAUUUCAUGAAUCGAAGAGUUGAUCGAAAGAUUUUUUUCUAACUAUUUUUGCUUUUUCUAAGAACUUUUCUUGCUCAUACACAAGCUCUAGAAGUCCUUAGAAAAAAAAAACCAAGAAACAGGUUUUUUUCAUUUUAAAGCUGCUACCCCGAAAGAAAGAAAUCCCCAAGUCAAAUUUUGCAGUCGUCUCGAAAUCCAGCGGAAUUCAUGCGCAAGUUCUUGUCGAGACCUGCUCCACAGGCGGCGGCUGCUGUGUACGGACGCGAAAUGACGGCCAACGCGACGAAAAAGUCGACGGUCGAUCAAAUGAUCGCCGACAGCGCCUUCCGACUCAACACCGGCCGGAUGAAGACGGCGGUGGUCGUCCAGAAAAUGUCUUCUUACUCCGGCUCGAGUUCCCGCGUCGAUGCCGACUUUGGCAAAUUCCUUCUCCCUUCCGAUCCGUCGUCUCGCUUGUAG